AGGGGGUGCUUGUCCCCCUCCCCACAGGAGGGACGUUCAUCACGUUAACUGCAGGCUUCUCCUGCAAGGAAACGUUUCCAGGCCAGCUGAAGAGGCAAAAGCCAGGAGAACGGCUGGGCUUCGGUCCUAACCCGCUGCAAUUUCUUCUCGAGUCUGCUGAUCUGUGCAGGUUGGAGCCCCCCAGGCAUGGCGGAGCCGGGGAGGCACCGCCUGCGGCGAGCCCUCAGCGACCACGCCAGGGACUCCACCAGCAGAGCGUGGGACGUCUUCUGGAGGAGCACCAGAGAAAAACGCCUCGCAGAAAUUGAAGCCAGAGAAGCCUGAUGGCUGAGGGCUGCCGGCUUUCCCCAGUAUGCUCAGUUAUUUGAAGAUAUGCAGUUUCCUAUUGACGUAAAAACUGUGAGGAAAGAUCACGACUUUUUAGAUGCAGAUGCAAUUGAAUCACUAUUCAGACGACUGAACACACUGAACAAGUGUGCAUCAAUGAAAGUGGAAAUAAGCCAUCAGAGGAAACAGAGCGAUGACUCUGAUGAUGAUGAACCUUGUGCAAUAAGCAACAAAUGGGCUUAUGAGCGGUGCAGUCAGAAGUGGUCUCGUCUUGACAGCCUGGAAAGUUUCGCAGGACAAGAAGGUGCUGGUGCAUCGGUCCCAGGCAGUCCAAUACUGAAGAGCAUCAGCAAUGAAGACACAGUCCUUUUGGUUCAUAGUGAGAAACAUGAUGUGUCCUCAAUCCACAGUACUAGCAGUGGUGACAGUGAUGUUGUUAGCUUCCCCAAAGCUUUUGAAGAUGUGGAAACCAGCACGAGUUUCAUGAGUAAAGUUGCUUCACUGGACUCUGCUUUUAGUUGUUCACCUCCCCCUAGUGAAUUUUUAAAUAUCACCAGUGAAGAGAAGCUUUUGGAUAGGUCACCAUUCAAAAAGAGGACGAGCCUUCUAAAGAAAAUGGAGAAGUUGCACUUAAGGAGCUGCAACUUAAGGAGUGGUCAGUCAAAGGCCAAACCCAUAAUAAGCGAGCCUGUUCUUCUGGAAGGAUUUAAUGAAGAAAAAAUGAAGCUGCUUAACUGUGUAAAUAUUGCUGACCUCUCUGGCACCCAAAAGAACAAUUCCUCCUGUUCUCCCGAGAGCUGCAGUAGCAGCAAUCAUUCUGAAAUCAGCAGCACAGUGAGCACUCCAGGUCCUCUUAUAAAACCACAAAGACACUGUGAAAGAAAGGGAAUGUAUGCAGAAGACUUGGAGUCUGGCAAGCUCUUCCUAUGGAACAAUGUAUCUCAGCAAAACCUCAAAAACGAAGUCAAGUUACAGAUGAACCAGAUGUUUCAAGUACCACAAGGCCAUAAGCCUGGCACUUUCCCUACAGCACUUACAAACAGUUCCCUGUCUUCAAUGGACAACUCUUCUGUCAACUGGAGAACUGGGAGUUUUCAUGGGUGCAGAAGGAGCCGGAGCAGAAGCAGUUCCAAGGACUCAAGCCCCAGCAGCCCCCUUUCAUGCACAGAUAACAGGCUGAGUGUAUACGACAACCUGCCCGAUUUUCAGUUUGAUAAGUUGGAGGCAACGGAUGUUGGUGAUGAGUGUUUUUCAGAACUGAACAAUGUUAUAGAAGAUGUCAAUGGUCUCAAAAAGUUGGUCGAUCAGUGGACACAGAAGUUCUCAGAUGAUGGGGAUUUGGACUUUGCCAGUGACUUGACCUCUCUGUGUCCAUCCUCCCCUAAAGAAAUCCGUCUUGACACAGAGCACUUGGAAGAUAAGACAUCAGAUGUCCCAGCCACUGAGGGAGAGAGCAGCUGUGAACUGGACAAGGAGCUCAGUUCUACAGAGCUGAUGUACAUAACAGACCCUAAAAAGACCAACAGGCACAGGAAGCAACACUGGUCUGUGGAAGAGAGCGAGAACCUGGACAGCCUUUCCAUCCAGGGUGACAGUCAGGCAGCUGCGCAGCUAGCCCGGACACAAAAGCUGGCUUUGUUGAAACUCACUACUCUAAUGGACAGAUACUCCCCAUCCAGUAAGCAGGGCUGGAACUGGACUAUACCAAAGUUUAAAAAAAUAAAAGCCUCCGACUACAAGGGCAAAAAUGUGUUUGGGGUCCCCUUGAUUCUGAAUGUUCAGCGAACAAGCCACCCACUGCCCAACGGCAUCCUGCAAGCACUGGACUAUUUAAGAAGCCACUUCCUUGACCAGGUUGGCCUGUUCCGAAAAUCUGGUGUUAAAUCCAGGAUCUUGUCUUUAAGAGAAAUGAAUGAAGCCAGCCCAAACAACGUAUGUUACGAAGGGCAGUCAGCAUUUGACGUGGCAGAUAUGGUGAAGCAGUAUUUCCGAGACCUUCCCGAGCCUAUAUUUACUAGCAGGCUUUGUGAAUCCUUCCUCCACAUCUACCAAUACGUGCCAAAGGACCAGCAGCUUCAGGCUGUCCAGGCUGCCAUUCUCCUUCUCCCAAAGGAAAACCAAGAAGCUCUGAAAAUCCUCCUGUUCUUUCUACGAGAUGUGGUUGCUUUUGUUGAAGAAAACCAGAUGACCCCAACCAACAUCGCUGUCUGUCUCGCACCGUCGUUGUUUCACCUCAACACCCUGAGACGGGAUAGCUCCUCCUCCUCCACUCGAUUGAGCCAGAGGAAGUACAGCCUGGGGAAGCCGGACCAGAGGGAGCUGAGCGAGAACCUGGCAGCGACGCAGGGCUUGGCCCACAUGAUAAUGGAGUGCAACAGGCUCUUCCAGACUGACUUCCCGGCUUGACCUCGGCCCUUCCUCGUCGCUAUGGACAUUCCUGGCCAUCACUGGACUGUGGCUCACCCUGGUUGCUGUCACCGGACCCCAUCCUGACCUGGCUUGCUGCUGACCCACCCUCCUGGCUCGACCUCGGCCCUCCUCACCCCAGAUAUGUGUCUGAUGAUUGGACUCAGCUGGCCCUGGCUGCCACCCCCAGUAGCCCUGCUGGCCUGGCUCAGGUGGCAUGGGACUGGGUGGCUGUCCUGUGUCCUUGCUGUCACACCCAGCCCCCGGUCCCUUCCCUUGGGGAGCCACAGCCCUUGGUGCCCCCCAGCUCUCAGCUCAGGUCUCACACUGCCCCGAGCAGCAGGGAGCUGCCUCCCCUUGGCUCCCCCGGGCUGAGAACAUCCCUGCCCCAUGGCUCCCGCCAGUACUGACCCCCAGCCAAGCCCCAUGCCCCAUGAGUGACACUGCACCCCUGCCCCCAGGUCCCAAACUGGCCAGUGACCUGCUGUCCAUCCCAGCCCCACUGCAGGUCCCGAUUUCGUCAGUGGUGGCCUGAAUGCCCAGCCCCAGCCCCUUGCCCAC